GGUGCUUGUUGAAGUCGUUUAUGAUAUAUUUAUUGCCGUUACGACGAUAUCCACCGAACCGCCAUCCGGUUGUGCCUCUGGGCCUAGACCCUCCCCCAUGAUCGAGCCAUACAUUUUCACCGCAUACAUACACUGUGUAUCUUGUUGCGUGUGAUGUGACGGAUGCUCCUGGUCUUCUCUAGGCUCUCCAUCGCGGCGAUGUCUGCCGCCAUCGUGGCUGAUACCGUCGUCUUAUUGUCACCUGGCGCCGCACCUACUAUUAGUAUGACACGCCUAGCUCGCUCGCCGGGAGAAGAUCGAGGCAUCUCUAAGUGCGCUUAUAUUUCGAGAUGGCUGCUCUUGAUCAUGAAUUCCGUCGGCUUGGCCACGUAUCUCCCGAAGUACUUCAGCAGCAUCACUUCCCUUACGGCCGCCUUCUCGACUAUCAUCCUCUCGCAUUUGCUCCUCAAUCUGUGAAAAGCCAGCCUCUUGCCAGUGACGGAACUUCCUCGG